UUUGUACAUCGGCACAGUCGUCCGGUAACGAUAUCACGUGGAACAAUUGCGCGGGAGUUCCGAUACUUGGCCGUCGUCGUUAUUACUAUUAGUACUUACCUAUUUAUAUUGUAGUCGCCGUCCGUCAUCCAUCGUUCAUACAGUGUACACUCGGUUUUUAUUUUUUGUCUUUUGCUCUGCAUAGUCCGUUGAUACGAGCAAAUAAAACAAAUCAUAAUAUAGAAUUUAAUUUUGUUUAUAAAUAUUUUCUGUAACACGAUAUUACACGAAAAAAUAUUAGGGUCGGCCAAAGAUAGGAUCGUUUAUUGAUUCAAUUUUACAUUACUGAUUACAUCGAGCUCUUGGAUCGCUCUGACACACCGCGCACGAACAAAACAAGAUAAAGGAAAAGACCGUCGGAUGUCUGUGGAACGGUCGUAAAGCAACGUCGGUGGUUUUGUCGCGAUGAGCGUGCGAGCGCUAUUGCGCGCCAUACUUUUGGCCGUCUUGGUCGCCGCGACAUGUCAAGCUGACGAAACAACGAGCGAUUAUUCCACCAUUGACUCUACAGACCGACCGGAAUCAACUGAGGAAGAGCAGGAAACGAAUAAAUCAGCAACACCUAACCAAGGAUUAAAACCAACAAAAUACCACUAUUAUCCACACAAUCAACACAUAUAUCUAUUACCCGAGUGUGCAGUUCAACAGGUGUGUAAUGCCGUAUAUGUAAGACUCAACUACACGCAACCACUAUGCGCCUGUCCGUCUAGGUACAAAGAACCAUGUUCUGCAUCUUUGAACGCUGACGACCUACACACUACAGAACUGUCUACGGACACAACCGGCAAAAUCCUUACGCUGGUCAAAACGUGCGAACCAGUGGCCGAAAUGAGGACGUGCCGUUCGCCGAGGGACUGGUCGUUAUUGGCUCUACAAAACGUCCGCACCGGCAAGUCGCAUUACCUGGUCAUCUGCAGAUGUCCGCACACCAGUCUGCUGGAAGGUCCAAUGAGUCAUGACCAGCCGACGUACGCCAGUGUCCCCGGUAUCAGAGUGUACGGCAUGAUGUGUGUGACAAAGAAUGGUGGCGGAAGUAGUCACCAGACUACGUUGGCGCCACCGCUCCAUUCUAGCCCAGCGCCGAUAACCAAGCGAAGGGCUAGACCCCUGAGGACUCCCCGAUCGUUAGACUCCUACUACAGAAGUUCUUCGAAAAGCCAAUUGUCGCCACCAUUCCCUUGGCGCAGAGCCAUGCAGUUUAUCAAAUCAGUGCAAUUAGAAGAAUCGCUAAAAAGUAAACAGUCUUAGACUAUUUGUCAUCUAUAAAUACUGAAAACAGUUGAAUAAAAUUAAAAUUUGAUUAGCAAAUACAUUAUAUUAUUUGUUAUUGUUCAAUAUUGAAAAUUGAAAUAAUAAAAUGUAAUGAAGCCGCUCAA